AUGGGUGUUAAGUUUGUGAUAUACACCGGGGGAAAGUGGGAGGUUGUUAACGGGAACAUCGAGUAUGUUGCCGGUCACGAUUGUAUUACUAGACGUGGUUUAGAAGUUGAAACCAAUUUUUCCUACAUCACUUUUUUAAGUUAUAUUCGCAAGAUGUGUGAUAUUCAAAAUAUUACUCGGAUAUCCUACCGGAUGUCUUCGUUUACAGAUCCGAUCGAUAUAAUGAAUGAUAAUGAUGUUGUUUUUUUCUUUAAUUUGGCUGAGAGUAAACCGUUUGAAUUAUUUCAGUUAUAUGUCAUUCAAGAACCCGGUGUUGAGUCUUCUGAUUGCGCAUUUUUAAACAAUUUCAGAGUUCCUGGUUUAAAUUUAUCUUUUGAUGAAAGUGAUAAAAAAAUUUAUGAAAACUGUACCCAAUUAUACUUACCGAGUAAUAGCCAAGGCAUAUCUUCUAUUGUGUUCGAGCCAGGCCACAUUUUUAAUAGCAAAGAGGAAAUGAAACUUGAAUUGGGUAAAAAAUGUUUGAUAGAACGAUUUGAGUUUAAAGUUGACAGAUCGUCUAAAACACGGUACGAAGUGUCAUGUUCUGUUGAUGGUUGUGAGUGGCGUUUUAGGGCAUACGGCUUUGCUGGUGAUAGCGCAUUUUAUGUUAAAUAUUUCAACGAUAAACACACUUGUUCAAAGACGCUCACACACCCACAUUUUCGUCAGGAAAACCUCCAAGUUGUGGGUCAUUAUUUAGUGCCUCAAUUAAAAGACGGUGGUCAAAUUUAUCGCGGAAACGAGAUAAAGUCCGAUUUUAAACAAAAUUUAGGAAUUGAUAUUAGUUACAUGCAAGCAUGGCGUGGAAAAUGUCAUGCUUUAGAACUCUUGCAAGGUACAAGCAGAGAUUCUUUUGCCGAACUCCCAAUUUAUUGUUACAAUUUGGAGCGGGCGAAUCCGGGAACAGUGACUCACAUUUGGAUUGACGACGAGAGUCGGUUUGAAAUGGUCUUUGUGGCUAUUGGUGCAGCGGUUCGUAGUUUUAUGCGUAAUUUAAGACCUGUUAUUAUUAUAGACGCUGCCCAUUUGAAGGGUGAAUUUAAAGGAACAUUGUUUUUAGCAGUUGGCAUGGACGGAAAUAACCAGAUUUUACCAAUUGCCUAUGGAAUAGGCAAAUCAGAGGAUGGUGCUUCUUGGACAUGGUUCCUCUCAAAGCUUAAAGGCUGUGUUGGUGAAAUUCCAGAUAUGGCGAUCAUAUCGGAUAGGGCCAAUUCAAUACAUUUAGCUGUAAGCAACGUGUUUCCACACGCUUAUCACGUUCCUAGAAUACGGAACACUUUAGUAAGUAUUGGGUUUGGUCGGUGGGCAAGAGCGCAUUGUCCCGGCAAUCGAUAUCAUUAUAUGACAUCUAACAGUGCAGAGUCAAUUAACGCUUUGUCUAAAGACUAUCGUAAAUUGCCAGUAACCCAACUUAUUGAAUUUUUCCGUCAAUCUGUUCAAAAAUGGUUCUAUGAUCGUCGGCUGGAGGGAAUUAAGGAAAGACAUGAGCUUACCCAGUGGGCUCAAAAAAAAAUUGCAAAGAAAAUUGAUGGGUCUAGAACUUGGACUGUCGCUGGUGUAGGGUUGACCACUUUUGAUGUUGACGACAGGAAAAAGCGUGGUUUUGUAGAUUUUUCCGAUCGAACAUGUAGUUGCCGUGUUUGGCAAGUUUCUGGACUACCCUGUGGGCACGUGAUUGCCGUAUCCAAAUUCUUAGGUGAAACUGACUGCAGUCAUUAUGCUUUCCGAUGUUAUUCCAAUGAAGUAUAUAAAAAAACUUACGAGGAAGCGAUUAAUCCUCUUCCUCAUAAAUCUAUCUGA